AUGGGAUCUUUAGAGCCUGAAAGUGCACCAAUGCCCGAAUUUAACGAUAGCGGCUGUGUACAAGAUUGUUCAGAGAGCUACAAGGGUCAAACAGAACUCCUGGAUUUGUCUGAUGAUGUACUUCUUUACAUCAUGAAGCUAUGUUCUCCAAGAGAUCUGAAGGCGCUUGGACACACCUGCCAUCGUCUCGGCAUCCUCAUUUGCGACCGCACCCUCUGGCAGAAGGUCGACGCUCGUGCAGUACCAACUGGUCAAGAGCGUCUCCGCUGGCUCCUCACUCACUGUCUGUCACCAGUCACUCAGGAGCUCAAACUAUCUGGAUACGUCGACAAGGAGUCAAACUGCCUCGGUAUUCAAGACCUAUCAUGGCCCUUAAGUGGAGAUUCUGCCAUUCGCAGAGUAGGUUCUGGACCAGAUAUGGAACACUUUCUGCUCCGCAUGUGGUACUCUCAUCUGCCACGGUAUGCCUUGUCACCUCGCUGGCCUGACAAACGUGAAGCGGCCGGAAAGGCGUACUCCAGAACUCCUGAGGGUCCCAAACAACCGUUAAGCCCACUCAGUCAACUGGCGUCUGAAAUUGUCGCUGGCGCUUCUACAAGCUCCUCUCCAAGCACCGUCUCUGACAUGACUAAUUCCGAACCAAACUCGAGUAAUUCCGAUCUAAACUCGAGUAGUGGGUCUGACAUUCACUCGAGUGAGACGAAAAAUGACGUAAUAGCAUCGGGCUGUCAUGGACCCCAGUUCACGUUGAAUCACAGUUUAUUAAAAACUUUGCGGAGUAAAUGUCAGAAUCUAUCAUCAUUGACCUUGGAGUAUUGUAAUUUGGAUUAUAGGAAUGCCAACAUUCGUUACUUCCCGCCGAACCUGAAGAAGCUAUCUCUGAAGGGUACGCGAUGCUACAACCUGCCUCUGAACACUUCCUACCUGGGCAAGAUUCAGGACAGACUGCCGGAACUUGAGUAUCUGGACAUAUCAGAGUGCGAAUGGUUCGAACCGGCAUCCCUGAUGCCUCUCAGCAAGGUGAAGAAUCUUCAAGAGCUGUACAUGAGGGAGUGCCGCAGGCUGACAGAAUGCGUGGCCUACGCUUCACUGGCUACCAGAUAUGGCUUCCAGAAACUCAGGAUCCUGGACGUUAGAGGAUCACCGGUUGCAGACUCUGAACUGUCAUCAUUUGGUUGGCUGCGUAACCUUGAAGAGUUGUAUGCCUCUCCUGCGGAUAACUUCAAGAUGAGUGGUGAACACACACACAAGUGGGAAGAUGUACUGGCACCAUUUACUGAGCUGGACUCCUGGGAGGCUGAGGAACCAGAUUACUACAAAUGUAAAACACCCCCCAUGGAGUUUACGGAGGAAGAUGAAGAUCCGAAGGAAGAUGGGGAGGGCACAUCGGAAAUGAGAGUUGGUGACGUCAUGCUCGGAAACUAUAUCACCUGUGCUUCUUUGGAAAGAAGAAUCAUAGUGAUCCAUCCGAAUCGUCAGAAUCAAAAUGAAAACCAACAGAAUGAUCAACGGGUUGAACCGCCACCAGACCCUGAACCUGAGGUGGAACUUGGACCCGUUCCAGAUCCCCCUCAAGAUCCUGUACCCCAGCCGGGACCAAGCAGAAACCUCAAGAGACCCUAUCCGUGUAAAGUCCUUAAUUUAGCCAAGAAGAGAUUUCAUGAAGAGGGCACUAAUUCAGAAGAUGAUCAAGAAAGAUCUGAUGAAAGGCCAAGUGGCUCCGAACCAAUGAAAACUAAUUCAGAAGAUGAUCAAGAAAAAUCUGAAGAAAUAUCAAGCGUCUCCGAACCAAUGAAAACUAGUUCAGAAGAUAAUCAAGAGAGAUCUGAUGGACAACCAAGUGUCUCCGAACCAAUGAAUACUAAUUCAGAAGAUCAAGCAAGUUCUUCUGACAGACCAAGUGUCCCCGAACCAGUGAAUUGCACACCACAUCCCGAAUCAAGAAGCCCAAAACCUAGUACUUCGGAUUUAGUGGCUACAACCAGUACUUCGGAAUCGGCAUCAAAAUCCAGUGAUCCAAAACCAUGUAACUCCAAAACUGAUGACAGUGUUCCUUCGUGUUCAACACCAAUCCCUGGUUUAUCAAAGAGAUUCCAUAGAGAUGGCUUAGACGCAAACAUAGAUUUAAGUCAGCCAAUGGGCAUACGUAUAAAUCCAAGAAUAUACCCAGACCCCAGAGAAGGCAGGGAAAGUUUUCGGCCACAUAAUAUAAGAUAUUACUGCAGAAAAACGGAUGCUGCCACUCUGGAGAAUGCUCGGCCUCCAGUGGCCGUCCACGCCAGACCAAUCAACGCUCGACCCAGCAACGAGCGGCCAACCUACGGUUUCAUAUUUGACUGUCCAGAUGUCCCCCGUGUUGGACCAGUUCGUAGACACGGGGACCAUGGCCACAGAGCCAGACGUUUUGAUUUCAACAUCCACCAGGAAAAUAUAACAAUACCCAGAGAAUUUCGGCAGUUAGGUUUUAACUUGGUAUCAGAUUCUACAGUUCUAAGGUUCGGUCGGGCUGAAAAUGAUAAUAUAAAUUAUAUAAAUCUUGGUAAUCAUUUUAAUGCCAAUGAUCCUGGAGUGAGACCGGACAGGUCGAAUUUGAGGGUGCUGUCAUUAACUGGUUAUAUUAAUAUCACGGACAGGAGUUUGCAGCAUCUGGCAACAGCUGCACCACACCUAAGGCAUAUAGAUUUCUCCUACUCAACCGUUAGCCCUCGUGGAGUGGCUUUUUUCAAAGCGAUUCAACCAAACUGUGAAGUGGUUUUCAGUAACUUUCAUGAUGGUGUUUUAUAA